AUGGGUUGUUUCUCGUGUUUCGAUUCGAGUGAUGACGAGAAGCUGAAUCCAGUGGAUGAAUCCAAGGCUCAGAAACAAUCACAACAACCGACACUAUCCAAUAACAUCUCUGGACUUCCUUCAGGUGGGGAGAAGCUUAGCUCAAAGAGCAAUGGAGGGUCAAAGAGGGAGCUGCUUCUUCCAAGGGAUGGGCUUAGUCAAAUUUCUGCUCAUACAUUUUCUUUCCAUGAGGUAGCUGCUGCGACUAUGAACUUUCAUCCUGACACAUUCUUAGGUGAAGGUGGUUUCGGACGUGUCUACAAAGGAAGGCUUGACAGCACUGGUCAGGUUGUUGCUGUUAAACAACUGGACAGGAAUGGUCUACAAGGUAACAGAGAGUUUCUUGUAGAAGUUCUUAUGCUCAGUCUUCUUCAUCAUCCCAACUUAGUCAACCUUAUUGGCUAUUGUGCUGAUGGAGAUCAACGCCUCUUGGUCUACGAGUUUAUGCCCUUAGGAUCAUUAGAAGAUCACCUCCACGAUCUUCCACCGGAUAAGGAGGCCUUAGAUUGGAACAUGAGAAUGAAGAUAGCUGCUGGUGCGGCCAAAGGUCUGGAGUUCCUACAUGAUAAGGCAAACCCUCCGGUUAUUUAUAGAGAUUUUAAGUCAUCAAACAUUUUACUGGAUGAGGGUUUCCACCCAAAGCUUUCUGAUUUUGGACUUGCUAAACUCGGACCAACAGGAGACAAAUCUCAUGUCUCCACUAGAGUCAUGGGCACUUAUGGAUACUGUGCUCCUGAGUACGCAAUGACAGGACAGUUAACAGUCAAAUCAGAUGUCUACAGUUUUGGUGUGGUUUUUCUUGAGCUCAUUACUGGUCGAAAGGCAAUAGAUACUGACAUGCCUCAUGGAGAGCAGAAUCUAGUAGCUUGGGCUCGCCCAUUGUUCAACGACAGGAGGAAGUUUAUAAAACUAGCUGAUCCUAGGUUAAAAGGGAGGUUUCCAACGCGUGCACUGUACCAAGCAUUAGCUGUGGCUUCAAUGUGUAUCCAAGAGCAGGCGGCUACACGUCCACUCAUAGCUGAUGUGGUUACUGCACUCUCAUAUCUUGCAAACCAAGCUUAUGAUCCUAACAAAGAAGAUAGUAGGAGAAACCGAGAUGAAAGAGGUGGGAAGUUAAUAACAAGGAAUGAUGAAGGAGGUGGCUCUGGAAGUAAAUUUGAUCUAGAUGGUUCAGAGAAGGAAGAUUCUCCGAGAGAGACAACUCGGAUCUUGAACAGAGACAUUAACAGGGAGCGUGCGGUUGCAGAGGCAAAAAUGUGGGGAGAGAGUUUGAGGGAGAAACGAAGACAGAGUGAGCAAGGAACUUCAGAGAGCAACAGUACCGGUUAG